UUUAAAGAGGACCGGCGUCUUAAUUUAGCGACUGUUUUUAAAUGACACCUCAUUCAUUUACAAUUUAGUGUGUGUGUUUAAAACAGUUGUGAUGUUUAACGUUAUGUUCGUGUUUUUGUGGCAGACAGAUAGUCAAAGUUUACAGGUGUUACCCUCAGUCUGUGUCUGCCUUCGUGGCUAUGUGUAGAAACUUGGUUAUUACAGCCAGUGAAGGAGUACAAGCUGUUAACGAGCCGUGCAGCGUGAAAUUACAUCCAUGAGAAAGGCACAAAUGUUCAUACAGCUAUACCCAGUCGACACAAGUAAAGCCCUAAUGAAGACAGGAACUAUUUAUUCUUGUUCUCUUCGUUUAGCGUUAGCCAACUCAGUCCAGUGUUAAAAUGUGUGCAAGACCUUAUCGGUCAAUCUGAAGGCUAUGAUAGUCGUCACCCCCAGUCCAAGCCGUACAGUGAGGAUGAAGACGAUUCUUCCAUGACCUCCUUUGGUGUUGCUGUACGAGGCCUCCCCCUGGCCUUGGCGUCCAUGACACAAGUUGCCUCCUCAGACUCACGCUUCCAUCCUAAAUGGCGGGCGAUCACUGUGGCAACCCUGCUGGUUUUAGUGCUUGUGUUAUAUCUGCACCGGACAGCAGGGGACAGAGACACUCCUACCAGAGGUUACUACCGCAACAGGGCUCAUAGUUUGCAAAUGCACGGUGAUGAAGACAUCUUCAGGGACAAUAAUGGACAAACAGCACAAAGCCUUGGCCACCGCCAGAAAAGGGAACCACCUUACAAUGACACGUACCCCUUAAGUCCACCAGUGAAGACAAAGCAUGGCAUCAGGUACCGUAUUGGUGUGAUCGCAGACCUGGAUACAGCAUCCCGUAGCUCAAAGGAUCAGACAUGGUUCAGCUACAUGAAAAGGGGAUACCUGACUGUUUCAGAGAGUGCCGACACACUGCAGGUGGAGUGGGAUGCUGAGGCGGUCACUCUGGAGAGUCAUCUGGCUGAGAAAGGACGAGGGAUGGAGCUGUCCGAGUUGGUGGCGUUUAACGGUCACCUGUACAGCGUGGAUGACCGCACAGGUGUGGUGUACAGGAUCGAGGGCAGCCAGGCCGUCCCCUGGGUCAUAUUACCUGAUGGUGACGGCUCAGUUUCCAAAGGGUUUAAGGCGGAGUGGCUUGCAGUGAAGGAUGAGCACCUGUACGUUGGUGGUCUGGGGAAAGAGUGGACUACGACCUCCGGAGAAGUCGUCAACAACAACCCAGAGUGGGUGAAAGUUGUCGGCUACCAUGGUGACGUGGAGCACGAGAACUGGGUGCCAUACUACAACGCACUGCGGGGCGCUGCUGGGAUCCAACCACCAGGUUAUCUCAUCCAUGAAUCCGCAGCAUGGAGUGAGCGUCUCCAGCGCUGGUUCUUCUUGCCUCGCCGCGCCAGCCACGAGCACUACGAAGAGACAGCAGACGAGCGGCGUGCCACCAACAUGCUCCUGUCCUGCCCCGCAGACUUCAGCUACAUAACAGUGCGGCACGUCGGCCCGCUUAACCCCACCCACGGCUUCUCCUCUUUUAAAUUUGUUCCCGACACAGACGAUCAGAUUAUUCUGGCCCUGAAAUCAGAGGAGGAUGCCGGCAGGAUCGCAACAUACAUUAUUGCAUUUACACUCGACGGUCGGGUGCUGAUGCCCGAGACAAAGAUAGGGGAUGUGAAGUAUGAAGGGUUGGAGUUUAUUUGAAAAUGACAGAGCUGAAGGCGCACAGUUUCUUGAAAGCAAAGUUCUUCAGUAUUACAUUCCCCUCUCAGUUUUACGGUGCAAUAAUUUCAUAUGACCCAAAAUUAUAUAUUUCAUAAUUAUAUGAUGACCGAGAUGAGCAAGAGAAGGUUGAAGGGCAGGAGAAUGCCAUAGCACAAGGGGAGGACAAUUAAACAUCACCUACAGCUUCAAUUAUGUGACUAUUGUAUGCAGCCAAUCUGUGAGUUGCUACACACACCAGUCACGCAGAAGUUGUCACUAACCAGUCGCCACCGGAUAAGAUUUUUUAACGUUUUAAAGCCUUAACGACUUCAUUUCGGCGCUGGUAGAUUGAUGCUUUUGUCUAAACCUUGAGUUAAACAUCCUUGUUUGAUCAGACACUACUUAUAUCCCCGAGGAGUCUGGGUAAAAAAAGAAACCAGGUUAAUGUGCAUCUCCUCUCCUGCAGCCAAACUCUGCUGGUCAGACACUCAGGGGAACAAGAUGAAACAACAUAAGCACACAAUGAGACAACAUUUUUAAAAAAGUAGAAAUGAAUGUCCAUAAACUACUUGAAAUAUUAAACUUACUCAUUGCUUUGUGUUUUCUUAUUUUACAUGAACCGGUAUAGAUACACUGAAGUUUCUCUUUUUUUUCAGAUUUAUAGUAACAUGAUGGGGUCUUCGUGGAGCUUGCCGAGUAAACUUCAUGUGAUGAGUUUUUCUCAGCGUCAGCAGUUCAAGUCAGAAUAUGUACAGUAUUUGGUCUGAACAGAAACACCAGCUAUUUUAUUUAAAGAUUAACCAGUAAUAUAUUUGUUUUGUAUCCUCUCAAAACAAGAAUAAUUAAAAUAUCUCCUCGUUUGAA